AUGCCAAGGAAAACACCAAAGAAGAAGAAGGCAAAAACUAAUCAUGCUCGCAGUGCUGCGGCAGAGGACGAAGAGGAGUUAUCAGCUUCCUCUACAUCGAACAUGCCGAUCAGUGAUGAUGAUACAACAAUUCCUCCUCUUCUCUCAACAACAACAACAAAUAACAGAAAUUCUAAAUCUACGUCUUCUCAAUACGAGCUUUCAGAUGACUCGGGUUCGGACCAUGAUAUCAAUUCUUCAUCCAAAAACAAUCGAGUGAAUUCAUCUUCUGAUCAAAACCCAUCAACGUUGGAUAUACAUAGGAACAAUGAUGAUGAUCAAGAGGAAGUACCCGUUAAAAAACGGAAUGGAAGCCAAGCCAACCUAUCGUCAUCAGAAACCGAGGAUUCUAAGCCUCCAGAACAACAUUCAUCAUCAAAAUCCACCUCUUCUAUGGAGUUAAGUGAGGACGAUGAUGUUACUGCUGCUGAUAGUGAUACCAAAACAAAACCAUCAAGGAAAACAUCAAACAAGAAAAAAACGUCAAAGAAAAAGUCGGCUGCAGUCAGAUCAAGUACUUCAGUUAGCAACAACAAGAGAAAACGAUCAUCUGCCCAGUCAUCCGAUGAUGAGGAAGCCGAAGACAAUAACAGUACUGCAAACCGUGAGUUGAGCGAUGACGACAAUGAUACAGAGUCUAUUAUUCCCACUGCAAAAGAAGUGGUGCCGAAAACUCCAACUCGCUCCCAACCACGUAGCAGACGAGGAGGUACUAGCGAAGCCAACACUCCUUCUGUUGCCAACACUCCCCAGACCCCUUCAUCUGCCACACUGUCGAGGCCUCGGAAACUCGACGUAUGGAAAAAGCUUCUCGUUCUUCGACCAGAAGAUCUAAUUUCCUUGAACAAGCUACGGUCAAGAAUUUCACAAGCCGUAAAAGAAAGCAAAUCCAUGUCAGCCAACAAAUCAAGUCCUAAGAAACAAGACUCUGACAUUUCCCGAUUGUCAGUAACAGUCAACUCAUUAACUGAUGCAGAUUUACAAUUGUUAGCCGAUGAAAAACAACGUACGGGUACCGUGACACUCAUAGAUAGCACACAAGCCACUCGGAAAUAUCGAGAUUUUACCGAGCUCGAGGAAUUAGAGGACAAGGGAGCAGAUUUGACCAAUGUUCCCGUUCCGAAUUUCACAGUGACCAAAGAUAAUACUGCGAAAAAGGGCUUUCGCAGAACCCAUCACUAUAUGAAAUAUACCAACACUGAGAAUUACGACCACGAAACAUUAAUGUUAAAUCCAACUCCAAAUUUACAUGCAGAUUUUGAUACCUAUAGUCAUAGAAAAAUUGAUAUUUCUCUCGAGUACAACAUGGAGAGCGAAGACGAAGAGUGGCUCAAUGAAUACAAUACAGGACGCAGGAAUCCAUUGUCAAAAAAAGAUUUCGAAUGUAUCAUUGCACUCAUGAAUAGAGCUUGCAAGAAUGGCAAGAUUCCAUGGUUUUCAACGGCUUCUGUUAUGGAUUUAAGCAGAUUUUUUAAUGUAAAAUUACAAGAGCAUGAUAUUAUAUCUGUAAAAAAGUUGUGGGAGUCUCGGUACAACACAGAUAGAAAGAAGAAAGAGCAUGAGACGAGAAUUGAAAAUGAGAUUAGACUUGUAAAUUUAUAUGACCUCAAAGACAAAUUUCUCAAGUUAAAAUCAGUUUUUAAAUCGGAACAAGAUCAUGCAUCAAAGCAAAAAGAUAUGACAGAAAAACAAGUGAAACAGAUGAGCAAGAAAGAAUUUGAUAUAUCAACUCACAUACCAAAAUUCUCUGAUAAAUUUCAUGCUUUACGGAAACAAGAUAAAUAUGAGCUUAAAUUGGAGACUAUACAACAAUUUAAGGCGCGAGAGGAAGAAAUUUAUAACCAAGUGAAGCAUUUGGAUAUACCAGAAAUUGAAAUGUACAAUAGGGAACAUGGCGAAGUGCACUCGCCAGCAUCAUUCACAGAUUUUCAUCAAAAAACAAUCCAACCUCAACCAUCCACAACCAAUGGACCAUUUCAGAACGAAUCAGAGAGUUUAACUAGCGAUACCAUCGCUCAAACAUCAUCAAGUGACCAACAAGCUGAAAAUAUUGCCACGCGGCGGAGAACUAGAAAACGAAAAGAUGCUGCCUCAUCUUCCACACCAGGUGGUAGCAGUAAUUCUGAAGAAACAAACACACCGGAAUCGCCACCGUCAUUGGUUGCUAAACCGUAUACCUUUUCUCGCCUUAGCUCAAAAAAAAAGAAACAGUCACCAAAUGUAGAUAAUUCUCCCUCUUCCCCUCAUCCUCCAAACGACGAUAAUUGA